CUGUGCCCGGUGUGAGCGCAGCAGUCUGCGGAGAGACCAGCAGACUGGCUUUAUGUGCAGCAGCAAGACUUUCUGCUUUCCUAAAGGUUUCAGGAUCCAAAGGUCAAGUCUGAGAGAAGCUUCAUUGUUCUGGGACCAGCGGUUUUUAACGUGAAAGAGAAAGGAAGCAAGAAGAGGACAUCCAAUGAUAACCCUCCAGUGUAUUGUACAUGGCUCUGUCAGCAUCGAUUGCUUAGGAAAGCUCUUCCCACUGGUAAAAGAGUAGAGAGGGUGAAAAUGUGAUGAACUUUAUUAAUGUCUCCCAGCUUAAUUAUGGACAGUGGCUGGUGAAGGAAUCAUAUUGCUUAAUGAGACCAUUGCUCUUAUGUUGGGAAGCUUAGGACAACUAAUUACCAAGGGAUUACUCAAGACCUUCUUCAGCACCAGGCUGUACAUGUGGCCAAAAUCUAAUGACUGUUCUGUUGGAUUUUUCGAGUCCCAAUUUCUUAUUGUUUUUUCUUUGAUGUGAUUUCUGUAUUUUUCCUGAUACUUUUGAAAUGGAGAUACAGUGGCGUCUAUGGAAUAAGGACUUGGCCUCCUUCAUAAGGCCGUGGAUACCCAUACUGUUAGGCCUUCACCUGCAGUUCUCCCGGGCUUCCAACUGUCCCGAGGAGUGCCGUUGUGAUCGCACCUUUGUUUACUGCAACGAGCGGAGCCUGACCUCAGUGCCUCUGGGAAUUGGUGAGGGUUAUAAGACCCUUUACCUCCAUAACAACCAAAUCAAUAAUGCUGGUUUCCCUUUGGAGCUCCAUCAUGUGGCAUCUGUGGAAACUGUGUAUCUCUAUGGCAACCAGCUGGAUGAAUUCCCCAUCAACCUGCCCAAAAAUGUAAGGGUUCUCCAUCUGCAAGAGAACAACAUUCAGACCAUCUCCAGAGCAGCUCUAGCCCAGCUUCUUUGGCUGGAGGAGCUGCAUUUGGAUGAUAACUCCAUUUCUACUGUAGGGGUCGAGGAAGGGGCCUUCCGUGAGGCCGUGAGCCUGAAGAUGCUCUUCCUCACCAAAAACCACCUGAGCAGUGUGCCUAUUGGUCUUCCAGAUGAUCUAAAAGAGUUGCGAUUGGAUGAGAACCGGAUCGCAGUCAUCGCAGAGGAAGCAUUUAGGAAUGUCACUCGGCUGGAGCGUCUCCUGUUGGAUGGAAACCUGUUGACAGAUGAAGGGAUUGCACCAGGGACCUUCCAGGACCUGGCCAUCCUGAGAGAGCUCUCCCUGGCCCGCAACUCACUCACAUACCCGCCCCCAUUCCUCCCAGGGGAGGUGCUCGUCAAGUUAAACUUUCAGGAAAAUCAGAUAAACCGGAUCCCUAUCAGGGCAUUCUCAGGAUUGCACAAGCUGGAGAGACUGGAUAUUUCUAGCAACCAGCUGCAGUCGCUGACACAGGGGGUCUUUGAUGGCCUCGUCAGUCUCAGACAGCUCACUGUUCGGAACAACCUUUGGCUGUGUGACUGCAGCAUCAAAUGGGUGGUGUCAUGGCUUAAAUCUCUGCCAGCCUCGCUCAAUGUGCGCGGCUUCAUGUGCCAUAAACCUGAAAAGUUCCGAGGUAUGGUGAUCAGGGAGCUGAGUGCUGAGCUGGUCCAGUGCCCGCAGAGCACAGCAACAGCACCGUUGUCCACUUCAACAGCUGACACUGCACUGGUCCCAUCCUUUUCAUCUUCUACAGACUCCCAGUAUGUUUCCCCCUCCUCAAGGCAACCUUUCCCCACAUUACCCACCCUCUACCCUGUCUAUACAACCAGAGAGGGGGGGUUGAGGACUAAGCGACCUCUGGAUCCCCGAAGGGAGACUCUUCAGGUCACAUUUGCCAUCUUGAAUGGCUCAGCUAUCCAUGUCAGCUGGGUGGCUGCCUUUCCAGUCACUGCCUACAAGGUGACCUGGGCCAGGAUGGGGCCCAGUCUGACAGGGGACACAGUGAGGGAGAGGAUAGUGGGUGGGGAUCACCGGGGUAUCCGACUGGCUAACCUUGAGCCAAAGUCCACCUAUCGGAUCUGUGUCAUUCCCUUAGAUGCAUUCAAUAAUUACCGGCCCAAAGAUGAUACAGUGUGCACAGAGGCCAUGACCACACCGGCCUCUUUCAGCCCUGAUAACAACAAAAGACCAUCAGGGCCGGAGCAGGCCACGCAACAAGAACCCAGCUCACCUUUCUUGCUGGCUGGGCUGAUCGGUGGGGCUGUGAUUGUCGUCCUGGUCAUACUCCUCAGCAUCUUCUGCUGGCAUAUGCACAAGAAGAGCCGCUCCAAGUCCUCCACCAAGUGGAAAUACAAUCGUGGUCGGAGAAAAGAUGACUAUUGUGAAGCAGGCACAAAAAAGGAUAAUUCCAUCCUGGAAAUGACUGAGACCAGCUUUCAGAUAGUCUCACUCAACAACGAGCAGCUCCUCAAGGGAGAUUUCCGCAUUCAGCCUAUUUACACCCCUAAUGGUGGCAUCGGCUUCCGGGACUGCCCCCUGGGGAACAACAGCACAGUCUACUGCAAGAACAAUGUUCAAGAUGCAGACUUUUGUCGCACAUGAUGGUUUUAGAGAGCAUCAGGAGCAUUUUUACUGACAACUACCCACACUUUACUGGACACUGUACAGUGUUAAUAUUAUUUGAAACCCCUGUGUCUUCAAGAAAUGUAAUUUAUACAACUGGCUGGACGAUAUCUUUUAUAUAACAACUUUGGAUUUAUAAGUUAUUGGUUUCUGGAGUUGUGCUGUUUGAGUUGACAUGUACAAUCAGGAUUCAUUUAUUUCUAAGUAUUAAGGCUGGGUCUCACUUUGAUUUUCAGUAAUAGUGAAUGAUUUCAUUGUAUACUGUGACCAUAACAGGUACAGGAUCCACACUGUAGCUGUAGUACACCAUGAGAGGACUGAAACCAGCUAGUGAACUCAUGUAUGAGAGAGAGAAGAAAAGAGACAGGCACAAAUCAGCUACUUUCACCACUAGAGGGCAUAUUUUUCUUGAAAUCAUACAGUCCACAACAGUUUUCAAUGUGAAAACAGUGUGACUGUUUUUAAUCAAGUCAUCACAGUAAUAUGGCACAUUUCUUUAAUUGCAGCUACACUCAAUAGAGAGGCAAAUUAUUAGAUUCCUGCUCUAGGAAGAGGACAUAUUUUUAUGCAAACGGAAUUUCUCUCUACUUCAAAAAGGAAAUUUAAAGGUCACACUCAUUACACAUUCACA